AUGCAAACAGUUAUCAAAAUGAAGAAGGAUGAUAACACUACACUAAGUUCACCUGAAGAUAUAUUAUUUAUUUUAAAUUCAAGCUGGAAAGAGAUGAAGCAAAUUGAGACUUUAUUUUUCAUUAUAAGCUUGUUUGUCAUUAUUUUUGUUGUAAUUAUGAUAACUGUAUGUCUUCUUUUUGAACAUUGGGGUAAAAGUAAACUAAAUAAAACUAAUCACAAGGCAUGGGUAACAAUUAUAGCUGUAGAAGAAGAGUCAAGAAGGGUAAAAGCUAGUGAGGCAAUGAAAAUGGAAAAUACAAUUAAUACACAAACAAAUUGUUACACAACAGAGUAA